AUGCAGAUAAUAUUGUAUGAAGAGAAAAAUUUCAAGGGUCGCUACUAUAAAUGUGGUAAUGACUGCCCUAAUUUAAAUUUAUAUAUCAGCCGGUGCAAUUCUGUACUAGUUAUAAAAGGAAGCUGGAUGGUAUAUGAGCACACCAACUACAAGGGAAAUCAAUAUUUUCUAAAUCGAGGAGAAUAUCCAAAUUUUCAAAAAUGGCUGGGAUUUAAUGAUUCUAUCACAUCUUGUAUAGCUAUUCCACAAUAUAAAGGAUCUUACAGACUGAGGCUUUAUGAAAGAAAUAAUUUUGGGGGCAAAAUGCUGGAAGCAAUGGAUGACUGCCCUUCAGUUUGUGAUCGUUUUAAUCACCAUGACAUCCAGUCUUGCACUGUAUUUGAUGGCUACUGGCUUUUCUAUGAGCUUCCACAUUAUCUGGGACAUCAGUAUUUACUAAGACCUGGAGAGUACGAAAGAUUUAGUGACUGGGGUGCACAGAAUGCCAGAGUUGGAUCCUUCAAGCAAAUUACUGAAUUUUCAGACUGA